AUGCCCAGGGCCUCCUCCUCCUCCGCCUCGGUGGGCGGCUCCAAGCUCACCAAGCUCGAGUCGGCGCUCUACCGAGCCGCACAGUCCGCUCGUGGCGGCGUCAUCACCCAGGACCAGAUCACGGACCAGUUCAAGCAUGAGCAGCUUCACGACCAGCUCGAGGCCAUCAACGGCCUGCUCAAAAAGAGCCUCUUCACCGUCCAGACCCUCAACGGCUCCAUCCAGUAUGCCGCCACGGCCAAGGCGGAAGCGAGCAUGAUGGGAAAGCUCGACGAGACCGAAAACAUGGUCUACCAGCACAUCAAGGACUCGCGCAAUGAGGGAAUCUGGACCAAGCAGCUCAAGGCUCGCUCGGGCCUGCAUCAGACCAUCAUCAACCGCUGCCUCAAGUCGCUCGAGCAGAAGCAGCUCGUCAAGGCCGUCAAGUCGGUCAAGUACCCGACUCGCAAGAUCUAUAUGCUCUACGGCCUCACUCCGUCCAUCGAGCUCUCGGGAGGCCCGUGGUAUACGGACAACGAGCUGGAUACCGGAUUCAUCAAUGAGCUCUCCAUGGCGUGCCUCAACUUUAUCCGCUCCAAGUCGUUCCCGAAGAACGGCCAGUCCAGAGCGCUCUUUCCCACCUCCCACACCUCGCAGCUGCCGUCCGCCAACACCGUGCACACGUACCUCCGCAGCUCGGGGCUCACCGAGACCGAGCUCGAGCUCGAACACGUCGUGUCGCUGCUCGAUAUCCUCGUGUACGACGAGCAGAUCGAAAAGAUCCCUGUGCUUCCUUUUGCUUUCGGCGGAGGCGCUCGCACGAACGGUCUCGACGACGACGACGACUUUACCGAUUCGGGCACGUCAUCUGGAGGCAGUGGCUCGGAUAGCGACAGUGAAAGCGGGUCGGACAGCGAAUCGGAAGCGCAGGAGACCGGUUCGGACAGCGACGCACCACGCAAAAAGGUCAAGAAGGAGAGCAAAGGUCACGACGACUCGGGCAGCGACGACGAGGACGACGCGCCUGUCUCGAGCCGCAAGCGCAAGCGUUCGUCGGGCAAGUCAUCUUCGCGCAAGAAGAGCAAGUCGUCCUCCAAGCGCAGUAGCAAGUCCAGGGACAAAAAGUCGCGCUCACGGUCGCGGUCUCGAUCCCGCUCGCGUUCUCGAUCGCGCUCUCAUGCCGCCUCGGACUCGUCCGACGCGAGCGGCUCCGAAUCCGACGCAUCCAGUGCGUCUUCUGCAUCCUCGGGGCGUCGACGCAGCAGCAAGAAGCGCAACGGCAGGUCGGCCGCGCGCUCUGGCGGUGGGGGUGACUUUGUGCCGUUUGUCUACCGCGCCGUGCGCCCACACGCCGUCAAGGUCGGCUGGACCGAAACGCCGUGCGGCCACUGUCCCGUGUUUGACUUUUGCGACGACACCGGGCCCGUCAAUGCAGAGAGCUGCCAGUACUACGGCGGCAAGCACGACGAGCUCGGCCGCAAACUCACCAACGGCUGGAUCGACACUGUUGCCGACGGCGAUGACGAGGACGACGCAGAAGACGCCGACAAGGACGACGCGCCGCUCGAGUGA